AUGGCUGCUCAAGGUGCUGGAGAGCAUGUUUAUGCCACGCUUCUUCUAAGCGAUUCCUAUCUUCCUGGCGCACUCGUUCUCGCUCACUCUCUUCGCGAUGCGGGAGCCCAUCGCAAGCUGGCAGUGCUGGUCACACUCGAUACCGUGUCCGCUGACUCCAUUACACAGCUCAAGCGGGUCUACGACUACAUCUUCCCUGUGCCGCGCAUUCGCAAUGACCACCCGGCCAAUCUGUACCUAAUGAACCGUGGCGACCUGCAUUCAGCGUUUACCAAGAUCAAUCUAUGGAAACUCACACAGUUUUCCAAGAUUGUCUACAUCGACGCUGAUGUGGUCGCAUAUCGAGCUCCUGACGAGCUUUUCGACACACCUCAUCCCUUCGCAGCUGCCCCCGACAUCGGCUGGCCAGAUCUGUUCAACACCGGUGUCAUGGUUUUAGAACCCAAUAUGGGCGACUACUACGCCAUGAUUGCCAUGGCGGAGAGAGGAAUUUCGUUUGAUGGCGCCGACCAAGGUCUCAUCAACAUGCAUUUUGGUCAACGGUAUCAUCGAUUGAGCUUCACUUACAACGUCACACCAUCUGCACACUACCAAUACGUCCCCGCGUACCGACACUUCCAGUCAAGUAUUAAUAUGGUGCAUUUCAUCGGAUCCAACAAGCCAUGGUUUACUGGUCGAGACGCCCCUUCUAGCAAUAAUCCCUUCAGUGAGAUGACUGGACGAUGGUGGGCAGUCUACGACAGGCAUUACCGACAUCAGGAAUCUUCUCCCGACAAUGCCUCUUCAACUCCCCAGUAUGUCCAAUACUUCACAAAAGGAGAAUGGCACCCUCAACCGGCCCAUGCGCAGUCUUCUACCAGUGACCAUCACGAUCACAGCUCCAGUGUAGCUGAGGGUACGCAUCAUUCGGCUCCAGGUCACGAACACCAUGAAUCUCAGGGGGAGCGAGGCGCAGGACACCAGCAGCACUCGAAAGGAUCUAGGCACCAUGAAGGAUCGCACCAUGGCGGAGGAUCUCAUGAUAGAUCAGAUUCUGGUUCGGUUCAUCACGAUCACCAUUCUGCACCCCCUAGUGGUCAGCCUGUCUCAGCUCCUGGCCAACACCAUGAACAACACCACGGACAACACGCUUCUGAACAUCAGCACCAUCACCACGAAGAACCAAAGAACGAGCCACCCCCGAUUACGAUGCAUGAUUGGGAUGCUCAGAGACAUCCCCCUCCUGCUGAUUCGAAACCCGAAGCUAUGAAUUUUCCUUCCACUCACUACGAAAUGUCACGCGAUACAGCCCCAUUUAUCCCGCCUGAACGAUACCCAAGUCCACCAAAGAACAUGUGGUAUGAAGUACCGAAGGAGAAGCCAGCUCCUCGAUCAAAGCCAGCUCCGGAGAUCUUCCCGUGGGAACGCAACCGACCUCGUCCAACCAGAUCGUUUAUUGGGGAACCAGAACCAGUGCCUGAACCGGAGCCUACCCCUGGAGAGUCCGGCUCAGACCCUAGCACGGGGUCUACAACGCAGCUUUCAGUGAAAACUGAAGGUCUUACAGAGCCUUCCGAGGUGGCAACAUCGGGAUCUGGGGCGAAGAACGAGUCGAGUGCAUCUACUCCGAUAGUACAGAUUACUCCAUCAGACCCUUGGACGUCAUACACACGCACAAAUGCAUGGGAUGAGGUGCCUGAGAUCGAGCGGUACGUUGACCGCCUACAUGGUGGUCACCGACGUGGUAAGAGUUCGACAUCUACGAUAGGGCGCGUAAGGAGCCCAUCAACUGGUACAUGGAGAGACGAUCGGAGCAACUUUAAGAACCGCGGCCUGAAGCUCACCGAUUUCCCUAGCGCUGCAGAGCGCCCCAGCUUGCCGGUCACCCCGGCCCCUAUUCAACGGCACUCAUUCUGGGCAGGAGACGACGGGGAACACGAGGACGAAGCAGCAAAGAAGCUUCCUGAGGCUGAAGGCGUGCCUACGCAGUCUGACUGGGUAUGUGUGCAUGGGAGACGUUGGAGACCCGCGGACUGCCUGUGCGAGGUGACUGACUUGGUGCUGCAUCACCAGGAUCCGCUAGCACAGCUCCAGAAGCUUGCUAAGCAGCAAUCGGAUGCGUUGUUAAAGAAGCUCGGUGGCGAAGGGGACGAGGGUCGAGAAGGAGGAGUGAGUCGAGAUAUUCCAACACGCUCAUUGCCUUUUGGUUCAGGUGAUGUCAAGUCACCUACUUAUGUCGCGCAGUCCGCCGCAGGUGUGCUCAGCCCGCAGCCGGUAAAAGGCAAAAGGUCGGCAGGCAUCUUGCGUGACAUGAGCAGUGGCCGUCUCGAACCUGAAUCAACUUCGCAAUCGACUACGAUUCUCGAACCGAGCUAUGCCGGACCUGGCGCUGCCUGGGAGAAGGAUGAAGAUAUACCGCAGUUUGAGACACCGCUCCCACCUAAGGAGGAGGAGCUAGAUGCUCUCAACGCAUAG